AAAUUAGUUUUAAUCAUUGCUAGGGUUUAAGUCUCUCCUUCACAUACUAUAAACAUAAUUAUUUUUAAUUAAAGGAUAAUUAUUUACAUAGAUAAUCGAUCAAAUGUAGGCUUAAUAGUAGGAUUUGCUGUUACCAUAAAUAAUGGAACUAUUUAGUGCUCCAUACUUUCCACUUCUACUUGUUCGUGACUCUCUUUCAGCUAUGCUCUUUCUCUCUCAAUAACACCCACAUCAAAUUUUUCAAUGCAGAAGUUCAUCUUUGCUGUCAUUGCAACUCUUCUCUUCAGUCUUUCCUUUUCUCUUAAGGAGGGACAGAUAUGCGUAGUUAAUAAAAACUGCGACUCGGGUUUACACUGUGAAACCUGUGUUGCUGAUGGGAAUGUGCGGCCGAGAUGCACGCGAAUGCAGCCUCUCAAUCCCACCUCACAGGUGAAGGGAUUGCCAUUUAAUCGGUACUCAUGGCUGACGACUCACAACUCGUUUGCGAGACUCGGAGUGAAGUCUGCAACUGGGUCUGUGAUUCUUGCUCCAACUAAUCAGCAGGACUCCAUAACCAGCCAGCUCAAUAAUGGUGUUAGAGGUUUAAUGCUGGAUAUGUAUGACUACAAAAAUGACAUCUGGUUGUGUCAUUCCUUUGGAGGCCAAUGCUACGACAAUUCAGCUUUUCAACCGGCUAUAAAUGUUUUGAAAGAGGUGCAAAAAUUUCUCGAAGCGAAUCCCGCAGAGAUUGUCACUAUUAUCAUUGAGGACUAUGUUACAUCACCAAAUGGACUUACUAAUGUAUUUGUUGCUGCUGGCCUCGCGAAAUACUGGUUUCCAGUCACUCGAAUGCCAAAAAAUGGAGGAGAUUGGCCAACGGUUGAUGAUAUGAUUCGAAACAAUCAGCGUUUAGUAGUUUUUACUUCCAAGUCUGCUAAAGAGGCUUCAGAAGGGAUUGCUUAUCAAUGGAGCUACAUGGUAGAAAACCAAUAUGGGAAUGGUGGGAUGGUGGCUGGUUCAUGUCCAAACCGGGCAGAAUCACCUCCCAUGAACACACAAUUAAGGUCAUUAGUCCUAGUGAAUUACUUUCCCGAUAGGCCUGACUUUGCCCAAGCUUGCAAGUAUAAUUCAGCUCCAUUGAUGAGCAUGCUAAACACAUGUUAUGAAGCUGCAGGCAAGCGAUGGCCUAAUUUCAUUGCUGUUGACUUUUACAAGAGGAGUGAUGGCGGGGGUACCCCAGAAGCUGUCGAUGAGGUUAAUGGCCAUCUCAUUUGUGGUUGUGGAAAUGUCGCCAAUUGCAAGGCGAAUAUGACUUUCGGGGUAUGUGACUUGCCUGAAGUUAGUGUCACCCCUGCAUCUGGAGCAGCAGCAGCAGCAAAUGAAUCCAACUUCAGAUAUUUAAAUAGAAGAUCAGUUCAAUUGUGGUGGUUGGUUUUAGUAGCCUUAGUGACAAUUCUUUUGUAGUUGUGAACUUAUAUUUUAUAACCUCUGUUGUUUUAGUAUUUAUAACAAAAAAAUGGCGUAUUCAGAUAGUAUGAUGUACAUCAUGUCAGUGUAGUGAUUAAAGUUGCUCGUAUUUCUUGGUCUAAUCUGGCUGCUGAUUCUGGAUUUUUCUUUGAAAUAUGUUCUUCAUGAUGGAAUUCCAAUAAGUAGAUAUGCAGAUCAACUUUCAGUGGUGUGUGGUGGCUGCAUGUUGCCACCAUUCACUUUGCCACAAUUGAAAAAAAAAAAAAAAAAAA